AAUCCGGGUGUUGAGCUGAGCUGGGUAAGUCCACUGCGUAAGACAAAAGAAAGAGAUGAACGUCGAUUCCCGGGGUGUCGCGAGGGGCUGCUGCAACUUUCCAGGGUGCUCCUGUUUCGGCUACGACGGCACCAACUCCAACGGAGGAAAAUGCGAUCGGUGUGGGCACCCACCCCCGAGGCACGCUAAUUCCUCCAUGAUGGCGCCCGCGCACCCGGUGAUCAUGACGCUAGCUAGCGACGACUCCGGCGAAUCUGGGUCCUUGAGCUUGAGCGGCACUUCGAACGAUGGGUCCACCUUUGACUCAGUCCCCCCUGUCAUCAGUAUCAGAAGGAUCGUCGAUUCCACGCAGAGCUUACGCGUCGACUCGUCCCCGCGAGCUCAGGCCGCGUCUCCCCGGCCGAGUCCUCGGCCACGUCCUCAGCCACGGAGGUGUUCAUCGCCUGCUGGAUCAGAGCGUCCGCCACCGCUCCCGCCUCGUCGCUCUCGUAACGCCUGGUCUUUGGUCCCUCUCCCUACUUGCCAGUACCCGAAUUGCCAGAAUCCACAGUUCUUUGACCUAAACACAAGGACUGAUCGAUGUACUGCAGUGAGCACAGAUUUGCACCUCCUCCUCCUCCUUCUCUUCCCACUCCGCUACCAUCAGAUCAGUUCACCCAGGGGCUGGACAUGUCAAUGAAAGGGUAUGUUGCGCCUGACGGAAUGAUGGGUUUCCACGCGACUCCUCUGCCGAUACCAAACCCUCAACCGUUCCCACCCCAGCAAUGGGCUGAUGUUUCGAGCCUUUUUACUCCACCACAAACUCUAUUGCACCCAUCUCAGUCAGCCCCCAAUUUCCAAACUAACCCACCGCAACACCAAGCUGUGCAAGCAAAUCCUUUAGCACCGCCACCGGCCCUGCUUCCUGAAGGCGAGCGUUGCAUUUACCCUAUGUGCAAUAAGAGACGGUACAAAGAGGAUGAUGGAAAGAUGCACAACUUCUGCGGGAGGUACCAUGCCACAGAGUACAAGAAACUCAAAGGAGAGUCAUUCCCGCCGGAAAUGAAGUGUAAGACACCUGGCUGUACUCGACAGAAACGUGCUCGUGACGAGGGAGGAGGCUACUACGACUACUGUGGUAGGAGCUGUCGGGAUGGCAGCUUCAGAACGAAACCAGCAGGUAUUAUACACGUCCACCACAAGUUCUUUUCAGCUGCAGGUGAAAAGUGCAGCCUUCCUGGAUGUGACAAGCCAAGAUUUGUGGAUCCAGCUAGCGGGAGAGUCCACGACUACUGUGGAAUAACACAUGCCAACCAAGCCACCAUACAGAGCGGUGGCGUGUCUCAAGUGUGCAGCGUCAGACUGUUGAGUCCUGGAGAGCAAGGUCCGGUCCAAUCUCACUUCAGUAGCCAGUGGGCCAAGGGAAAAGGUGCCUGUCCAACCAUCACCUGUGCAUUUGAAAUCACCAAUCAGCAACUCGAGACAAGGUGGAACACGUACAAACAAUCCCUUCCGAGAGGUAGUCAAUGCGUAGAAAAGUACUACCAUGGAACCAAACUUAAAUGUGACAUCGUUAACGCGGGGAACCCCUGCAAUGAUAACGACUGUGGAAUUUGUGGAAUCAGUAAGUUCGGGAUGUUCAGGAAAUUCAUCCGGAGGAACAUAAACUUCCAGCGUUUCGGUCACGGUUUCUACUUUGCCCCCAACUCCUCAAAGUGUCACGACUACACCCAGGGAGUCCAGACACACCGCGCAAUGCUCCUGGUGGAGAUUCUCCCCGGGAAAAAACACACAAUUCUCAGUAAUGACGUGAAGCUGACCAACCCUCCAGACGGAUGUCACAGCGUGUUUGGAAAGCAGGCCAAGCCCUCAACUACGCAGAGUGUUUGUGGACUGGUAAAUGCGAGCGGGCAGUAUGAAAAGCUCAAGAAAAAAUUUUCAAAGAGUUGGUGUUCUAAGAAAGGAAAUGUGCCUAAGAUAUCCCACGUUUUGGAAAUUGUGAAUCCAAAACUGCAGCAGAGAUUAGACAACUAUGUCUCGAAGCUAUCGUGGCCAUACAAUGGAGUGGAACAGUACUACCACGGAACUCAAAUCAAGUGCGACAUGCUGGAAUACUAUGAGCCUUGUUCCAAAUCUAACUGUGGGGUGUGCGGCAUUUCAAAGAGAGGUUUUGACCCUCAGCGGAUAAACAGUAGCUCGUGGCAGAGGUUUGGAAAAGGUUUCUACUUUGCUCCCAAUUCCUCAAAAUCCUACGACUAUCCUCGUGCCACUCACGAUGCUACCGACAAGUACCACUGCAUGUUAGUGUGUGACAUCGCUCCUGGAUGCAAGUAUACUCUGUACAAGGAUGACCAUCGAUUAGAGGUCCUCCUAAGGGAUAUCAUUCGAUCUACGGAAGCUCCCAAUGGCUUUGGGGACUAUGGAAGAGUCCAGAUAUGAACUAUGACGAGCUGGUGGUGUUCGACACUGAGGCAAUUAGACCACGCUACAUCCUUUUUCUUGAGAACAACUCAUGAUAUGGUGUUGGUUUAGCUGGAUCUACAACGGUAUACUAUGCCUCAAUUCUGCCGUUGUUUUUUAGCACAUAUAGUGAAGACUAGUGCAACAUACUGGGAUACUAUGAACCUUGUUCCAUGACUAAAAUGAUGAGAUACAAUAAAAGCUAUGAAGCUAUCUUAUGGACACCAUUGUGUUUGUAGAGUACAACAUACUGCGGCAGGACUGCCCCUACAUCAUAUACUACAAUCUCAUCGUAGUUUAGACUUCCCCCAGACUUCCCAUACACUGAGUGGUACUGGGAGGGCGGCUGUUGAAGGGAAGUGCUGUCGUGCAGCAGUUCAUACUGAGCUCCACAAGCCACUAGACACAGCAGCUGAGCUCUCGUCCCAUACUCCGGAACCCCCUGGGUGUAAUCAUGGCACUUUGAAGAGUUAGGGGCCAGGUAGAUACCAUGACCAAAGCGUUUGAACCGAGGUAUGUUUUCUCCGAUUCUCGAUGCGUCGAAACCGUUCUGAGAUAUUCCACAUAUGCCACAGUCUCUGUCGAAGCAGUAUUCGUUUGUGUUCUUCAAAUCGCAUUUGAGAGCAGUUCCGUGGAAAAACAGAUCCGAGUUUGCCGACUCAGCGGACGAUUCUUUGCGCAGCUUCGCCCCGUAGUGGUGGAAAGCUUCUACUAGUUUUGUGUUCUGGACGGCAAAGAUGGCCUCUGGCUGGGGAGGGUUUGGGAACUCAGUCGUCAUCUUUACCCACUCCUUUACAAAGUGUUCACUCACUUCCUUGUAUGUCUGUUGGUCUCCAUUUAUACGAAUUAGACCUACAACAACAACAGUUCUUGCUUGUGGUUCAGUGCAGAAAAGUUAUACCUUACCGGCUCCUGAUCU